ACUUUCAACCUGGCAGAGGUUGUAAACUUCGUCACCAUUCCACAUUUUUCCGUUUCAAAACGGACAUACUCAAUAUACUGGCAGAUUUUGAAUAUCCACGCCCAAAAAAUACACGGGCGUCUCCCACAUACUUAAAAACGUUCAGCACAAAACACCACAUGGUCAUACACGACUCUGAUGCGAAAGUGCAAUGUGAGAUCUGCGAGAAAAUGUUGAAAACUCCAGCAACCUUACACAACCACGUAAAAUGGCUCCACUCGAACCGGGACCGACCCAGUUGUGACAUUUUCCAUCGAGUAUUUUUAAAACAUGCAACUCUUCGUAGACAUAUGGACACCGUUCACAGCAAAAUCGAACGACCUCGUUUGCCAUGCGGAUAUCCUGGAUGUGAAAAAACCUACUUGCGUAGGGAUGAUUUGUCACACCACGUAAAAACUGAACAUGUCGAAAACCCGACCCGAUUUCCGUGCACCCUUUGCGGUAAAGAAUUUAAAGUCAGGAGCAAACUUGAGAGGCACAUUUCCACCCACACGACGGAGAAAGCGUAUACUUGUUCCACUUGUGGGAGGAGAUUCGCUAGCCAGACAGCCAUGAAAACUCAUGAGGUUACACAUUUGGAAAAAUCGACCCGAAGGAUUUUCAAGUGUGCACUUUGUCCUGCAACUUUCUUAAGUAAAACAGCCUUACAAAGGCAUGGCCAAGUUGUGCAUGAAAAUCGCAGGAACCAUCCGUGCACCUUUUGUGACAAAAGAUUCUCGACACAAGGCAAGUACCUCGAUACCGCACAGCGCUGGGCCUCAAUUGCUUAAUAGUAUGUAAGUGCGUCGAAGUUGUGGAACUCACUCCCAGUGUAACAUUACAUACCCAAAAUUUGUUACACAAUGUCGAGAGUUUAUUAUUGGUAGAAGAAAUUCCACUUAUUGUUAGUUAUUCAUUUAUAUUUUGUCUACCUUAUAGAUAUUAUUUACAUAGUCUAGUUGCUAUUUAGAGUAUAUGUAUUUUGUGUCAUGGUUUGUAAACCAGUUUGUAAUUAGCUGAUAUCUAUUGACACUUGAAUAAAAGAACACUUGAACUUGAAACU